UCACGUGGUGCGUCGGGAGCGGGCGGUGGGUGUGUCUAAUCGAGUGUGGCUUCAUUCAUAACUAGUCUUUAUUUGAAGCCCAAAUUAAAGUAUGCAGACGGGGCAGGCUGCCGGUGGACCGCUUCAAACGGAGUCUACAGCCGGGCUGAGAUCAGACGUCGCAGAGAUAUGGGGCUGUCCUGAUCCGCGGGUUUUCGGAGGAGAGGGGAAGAUGCUGCCCAGGCUGCUGCUGCUGCUGCUGAUGCUGAGGCUGCUGAGUGCCGCCGGCUGCAGCGGAUCGCUGUAGUCGGGCCCCACAGAGCGGAGGGAAGCACCGUCAACAACGCCUGUAUAGACCGGUUCACUCACACCGACCUUUACCAUGAGCAAUGAUCUGCCUGUUCUGACAACUCUGACUGAGAGCUCCACUGAUGUGCCGGUGUCGGCUGGUCAGGUAGAGAACUAUGUCCUGCUGUUGGUGCUGCUGAGCGUUUUCGCCGGGGGGAUGCUGGUCCUGCUCUCCCUCCUGCUCCUCUUCUGUCACCGCUGCUGCAUGGGUGGGCGACGCUACUCCAGAGCGAGCGAUGACCCUGAGAAGACAAACACCACUUAUGCUGAGGAUUCUCAGCCCACGCAAGAAAUCACUAUUCGUCUAGAUGAAUCAGAUGCCCUCUCAGCAUCGAGCUGUCACGAUGGAGAGUCAGAACGAUUCAUCUCCACCGGGUCUACGGGCCGCAGAGUCUCCUUCAAUGAGUCUGCACUUUAUGAACAGGAGAAGACGACUCAGGACAAAGGACGCAGGUACACCCUGACCGAAGGAGACUUCCACCACCUGAAAAAGGCCCGGCUGACCCACCUUCACCUGCCUCCGGCACCAUGUGACUUAAAAAUACUCACCAUCAUGGAGUGCGACUCAACAGAGAGCAGCACCAUAAACAUCAGUGAGACAGCAGCUCCCAAGCUACCCCUCACCAUCUACCAGCCCGCUAAGAAGAGAGUCUCUGACUGGAUGGGCCAGAGCCUCAGCGGGGGUCUGCCAGGAGACCGACACCACUCCGUCAUCCUGGACGAGGGGCCCAGGCAGUCCUUAUCAGCCGUGAAACCACAGCACACGCGCUCUCAGACAAUGGAGGCUAUUGGCGACAGGGGAGAGGCCGAGAGCGAGACGAGUCAAACUGUGGGCCAAGCUUCAGUUCUGCAUUUCUUCUCCAAACUGCGGCGUCACGCCAGUCUGGAGGGGGCGGGGCCUUACUUCAGGAGGUGGAAGUUUGACACCACGCAUCGCGCUGCAAGUCUCGAUGCCAAAGGGUCCCCCAAGAGAAGGCCCUUUCAGAGACAGAGAGCAGCCAGUGAAACCACUGAUCAUGCUGAAGAUGACUCCUCUCCUCUCCGGGAUGAGGCCAUUGAAUCUUUUCCACAUACACCCAUCCAGACCGGUGGCCUCCAGUCACUCUCUGCAGAGUCUCUCUCUCAUCCCCAAACUGCACCCACAUCUUCAGUCUUCCUUAGCAGGCUUAAACUGGAGGCCAUGGUGGAGGUAGGUGGUAGCAGCACCAGGAGAGAAGAGUUCAGUUUGCCACCAGAUCGUUGCUUCGCCCAGAGGCAAGAGGAGGUUACAGUUAAUGGAACAGGAACACUGAAAGACGCAGUCGUAGGAACAGCAGCAGGAUCGGGAGGAGACGGGCUGGAGUCAGCGGACGAAGAUGAGUUGUUUGGGGCGCAACAAGAAGCUGUCAUUCAGGAAAGGUUUGAAGACAUGUUGAGGAAAGACGCAAAAACAGAUGGUGCGAUGGCAGACGCGAGGAAAAAGAACGAGGUAGAGCCAGAUGAUGGAGACGAGGUGGUCUUGGGAGCAGAAGCCAGACGAAGGACCGACUCGGGCUCAUCGCUCUCCUUCAUGCUUCGCCAGGAGAGCCUGGAGGCGCCUCCUUCCUUGUACAGAGACAUUUGGAGCUUGCGAGCCUCUCUUGAACUGUAUGCCUCCUCAGACCAGAGCAGUACAGACCGGGAGUCCAUCCGCAGUGAUGCGGACAGCGUCUCAUCCCUUGGCGGGGCAGGAGCUCGUUCUGGCCUCGACAGCUGCUUGUCCCAAGACCUGGAUGAUGAGCCUGAAGGAGACGGGGAGGGAGAGGGGUUGGAAGGGGGAACCAGAGGGGCAUUGGGUUUAGACAGUGAGAUGGGAAGUGGACCUGGGGGAGAGGGUGAGGGGGGGAACAGAAAGCUCCUUCAGAUGGACAGUGGUUACGCCUCUAUCGAAGCUCCAUCCAGGGCCCCUGAGGAGAUGCGACUGUUUGGGACUCCCGGAGCCCCACGAGGGAAAACGGCAUCAGAGAGGAGGUUGUUUUUCACCAACUCUGGUAGAAAGGGUUCAGUAUGCGAGAGCAUUGAGGCCAGGCUGUUUCAGGAGGAGCUGGAGGAUGAGAUGGCAAACAGCACAGAGCCAGAGGAGAAACUAAAGGAGAAACCACAGAGCGGCAGCCAAACUCUCACCCUCCAAGAUUCACAUCAACCUCUGAAAUCUCUUCACCCUCAGAAAUCUCCAGAAUCGCAAACACAGCUGAUGUCUCCACUUGUGAAAACAAUCCCACAGCCCACCAGUCCACACCGAACACGUCUCCGCCGCCGUGACUACAGCAUAGAUGAGAAGACGGACGCCCUAUUCAACGAGUUCCUUCGCCACGACCCACGGUUCGACCAGCAGGACUCCCCGUUACGUUCCAGGCACCGAUCCAGAGUUCACCUCCGGAAACAGUGGCAAAGACAUAAGCAAUACAGCGAUCCUGGCUCGAGCUCUGGGGGAAGAUACUCCCCGUCUUUGGAGAGGCAGAGGUUCACGCCGCUGAGGAGAGGGGACAGUGCUGGUUACCCUCUGGACACCAGAUACCACAGCACCCUCUCGCGCAUCGCAAGUGCUGCUGAUGAAGAAGCCAGCGAGGUCGCGGCUUCUGAGGAGGCAGCAAAGGAAAGAGCAGAGAGCGCAGAUCCAUCACACGAAGGCGCGGCAGAGGAUUCCCCACAAAGAGCUGCCAACAAAACAUCCGAAGGAGACGAUGCAACAACAAAGAGCAGCUCUUGUUGUGCAGCUUCAGCUGGCGACACCGAUGGCUGCCAAGCCUCCGCAGAGAGACAGACAGCAGAAAGCACAACUUGCCAGUCUGUAACCACUGUGCCUGCACAAACGAGCUUCAUGGACCCAAGAGUUGACAACAAGAACAACAACAGCAGUCAGGCUAUCCUAUCAGAGGUCUCCCUGCAGGCACAGAGCAGUCUGACAGACAAGCUGGCUGUGUCAGUGGAAGAGAGGCUAUACAGCGGCCUGCGCAGCACAGAGAUCAGCCAGGGGGAACCGGAGCGUGUGCUCACAGUGACUCGCACAGCCUCACCUGGAUUCAGUCCCAUGUAACUUGUUAACGUCUGUUUUCCAUCACUUUAUUUCCAGUCUGUUGUCUAUAGAGCGCACACCCAGAUAAACGGGUCCACAACAGUUCAAACAUCCUCGUGUUUCAGAUGUCUUCAAAAAAAAAAAAAAAGAAAAGAAAAAAAAAAGGACUGAAGUACCUUCUCGCUCAAGCAUUUUCAUUCACACCUUAACUGUCACUGUGAUGCCCAUGUGACACGUGAUAGUCCCUUCCAUUGGUAAUCAUGGGGAAAAAAAAAAAAAAAAAAAAAGACAGUUGCACUCAACCCAUCAUAAGAAAACCUACAUAUUCUACCCACAUAGACUUAACUGUGAAUUUUUUGGCAUGCUACCGUAGGUCCGAACAUCAUCAUAUGUGAAUACUGUACAGUUUACAAAAAAGCACUUUGAUGGGAAGAAAGACAAUGACGGUAUUUGUUCCCCCUCAUUUUAAAAACCAUAUCCUCAAGUGUCCUUCUUGUCUCGACCAUCAUGAGGUUAAAUGUCUGUGUGAGCUGUUGUAUCAGAGCAAUGCUGACCAUGUUUAAAAAAAAAAAAGAAACAGCGUAACAAUUCUUCAGUGCUUGCAGCCCUCUCUUUCAUGAACAUGUCUUAAAAGUAAAAACAGAUGGGAAGCACAA